AUGCACGAGGACGAAUUACGCUCAUCCAAAGGCCGCGAAGAACGACGCCGCAGUCGUGACCGGGACCGGGACCGUGAUCGCGGAUAUGACCGCAGCAGAGACCGACAUCGAUUGCGUGACAAUAGCAGUCGGGAUAAAAGUCGCGACUAUCGACGUGAUGAUCACCGUGACGAACGUUACAGAAUGGAUCGUUACAGAAAUGACAAAGAUCGCGGACGAUAUCAUAAUCCACACGAACGGGAACGAAGUCAUAAAAGUUCCAGAAGAGAUCGCAGUCGAAGUAAAAGCCGCGAUAGUCGUCGUCGCAGAAGUCGAUCCCGGUCUCGCGAUCGUAAGCAUAGAAGAGUUCGUGAUCGAUCUCAACGCGAUUUGUCAGUCGAAAUCGAGCAAGAGUUGCAACAUUUAAGAAAAUUGUCUGAUAUGAAGCAGGCCGCAGAAGUUGAGUUAGAAUUAAAAAAUCAAAAAGAGACUGAAAGUGAGUCCCAAACGUCAAAUGCCGCGGAAACUUCAAGGAAUCAAAGCUCCUCACAUGUUAGCAGAGAAAAGCAGAAAAAUGAUUUGAAUAAAAUAUUCAACAGCAACAGCAAAACCGAUUAUGUACCGGAAAUUCAAACCGAAGAGGAACGCAUAGAAUUCCAGAAAAAGAUGCAAGAAAAAUUGCAAGCCCAUUUGGCGGCAGAAGGAAAACUUUACCCGCGGCCGAAACCUUCGCCAGCAAUCAAUUCAAUAACUGGGUUUGCCAAUGAUGGUUCAUUUUUAGAAAUGUUUAAAAAAAUGCAAGAACAAGCGCAGCUUGCCAGUGGCUUAGCUAUGCCAGCUGCAGUUGAUGAUAAUUCAGCAUUGCAGUACUAUGCUGGCAGCACGGCUCAAACUAUUUAUCCAGCAAUCACGACUACAGUCCAACAACAGCAACAGCAUCCGGUUCCCAUAUCGAUUGUUGGUCGACGACGUGGCGGAAAGAUCCUCAAAACGGGCAUCGUAAAAAAGCCGAAACCAAUCGAGGAGUCCUUUUCGGAAACUCCGAACGAUGCGUGGAAUCUUUAUCUGUUGGAAGUGAAAAAAUAUAAGAACGCUUCUUGUGAUGCAGAUUCUAAAACACGACCAUUAGUCAAAUAG